GGGUACAUUCUACUUCUUUUCCAUUUCCACAACGGGAGUGUUUCAUUCAUUCAUCAUAAGUCAUGAUGUACUCGAUUGCCUCCGGCAUUGGUGGGAUUCCGAUCACUGAGAAGUCAUGCAUGUCGUCACAAAGGUUGUUGGCUACACGUGGUACAUUGAGAAUUAGUAGUUACGGUGUGGUGAUGAAUAUCGGCUCUCUUGUUGUAAGGCGUCGUUGCUCUGCUUUUCCCACCCUCAAGGUGAAGGCAAUUGGGAAGGAAGAUCAGAAGGAAGAUCGAUUCCCACCACAACAUCAAGAAACGCAACCAGGAAAAGAGUAUCUCAUGAACCCUCGUCCUCAAUUCAGUAACCCAAAUUACAACCCAUCUGACAAACUCCGCGGAAAGGUGGCUUUAGUGACCGGAGGAGAUUCAGGUAUCGGAAGGGCCAUUUGCUACGCCUUUGCUAAAGAGGGUGCAACUAUCGCCUUCACGUAUGUCAAGGGUGAUGAGGACAUAGAUGCCGCCGACACCUUGAAGAUCAUCAAAGAGGCAAAAACGAGCGAGUCAAGUGAUCCAACUGCAAUACCAACCGAUCUCAGAUACAACCAGAAUUGUCAAGACGUUGUUGAUGAUGUCAUUGCGAAAUAUGGGCACAUCGAUGUCCUGAUUAACAAUCCAGCCGUGCAGUAUCCAUUAUAUUCUUUAGAAGAUAUAACGGAGGAGAGGCUUGAAAAGGUGUUUAGGACCAACAUUUUCUCUUAUUUCUUCAUGACAAGGCAUGCUAUCAAGCACAUGAAACAAGGAAGCAGCAUCAUAAACACCGCGUCACUAGUAGCGUACAUAGGAAACGGAAAGUUUCUUGACUACGGAUCAACGAAGGGAGCCGUUGUGUCUUUCACAAGGGGUUUAUCACAGUUUCUACUCGACAAGGGGAUUCGAGUCAAUGGUGUCGCACCUGGCCCUGUGUGGACGCCAUUGGAAGUUUCAGGACAAGAUGAUGAGGAAAUAGUAAUAUUUGGGUCACAGGUGCCCAUGGAUAGGGCUGCUCAGCCUUACGAGAUGGCUCCAUCGUAUGUGUUCCUUGCAUCCGAGGACUCUUCCUACUUUACUGGCCAAGUUCUUCAUCCUAAUGGUGGGGUAAUCGUCAAUGCUUAGCACUUGAAUUUGUUUAAGAUAAUAAAGCGAAAUGUAAGCAGGCCCGUUCCUGACAUUUUAUGGGCCUUGGGCGAACGUAAAAACAGGGCACACUGCAAUAAACAAGGCUUUUAGCAAUGA